UCGCGUGUGCUCGACGAUAGUAUUGUAGUUAACGGUGGAACAUUUUGGUGUUUUGUGCCACCUACCCACGAAGACAGACUCAUUGUUUCGUAGCAUUGUAUAAUAAACAAUUCGACAAAUUAGCGUGUUAAAUUUGUCACGAACAAAUCAGUCGUACCGUAUCAAACGAAUGAUAAUAUUGUCGUUAAGAAUCAUUGCCGAGAAUCAUUAACUUAGUCUCUAUGUAGGGUGUUUUCUACGUUUCAAAGACGCUACAAUUGUAUAAGUGCUCAUUUUACGAAAUGCGGCAUGUUCGUUGACGCAAUGGCACACUUUAAGAUGUGACUUUAUUCGUGAUCGCGUCAGCUGAUCGACAACCUAUCGAGCAAAUUAGGCGCACGAGCAGUUUUGAGGCCCAUAUGGGAACCUUAAUAGGGAUUUAUUCGUCCCUUCAUUGGACAAAACUGACUAAUGCUUAAUGAAAAUUGUGGAUCGAGUGUUUAAUAUUUUAAUGUUUACAGUUUGAAAUGAACCGGGAAAAGUAUCAGUUGUUUGACUUGGAAAAUGUGUACUACUUCACAUGUCUAAGCAUGAACUUCAGUGUGCAGAGCGCAGGGAGAAUACAAUUGGAAAUAUAAAUAUAAUACAUAAGUGAACUUGUAUGGCUAGCGACUGAUUAUCUACAGUCACUUCUCCGAAUUUUUCCUCGACUUGCGAACUUCCUCGAUAUGUUUGGAUCGGAUACCAUGAUGUUUGAUGUUUAGAUCGGUGAUUAAAAUGGCUCUAGUAAUGUUACCCUGUGAUUUACCAUGGUGGCCGGCCGUAGUAAAGCAACUAGAUCGAGCUGCUGCUGCCAGGAAUUCCGAAGAUCUUGUGGAAGCGAUGCAGAGACUGCACGACAUGUGCAAAUACGAGGAACAGUGCAUACUGAAAAGCAUAAGCCUCGAUCCUGAAGAAGACAUACAGGAUCCUGAAUUAUUUUCUGGACUAACAACCUUCCUUGAUAAUGAUCUCGAUUUCUCCGAACGAGAUCAAAUCUUUGUGAACACAAUACCACGAAUAGUAGAAAGAGCGAAAGCUCUAAGGUCUUGUAAACCACCUCAAGGUCUACACUUUAGUCUUCAACAACAAGGAGAUUGCGUCGAGUACAGCUAUGCCUUCAUUUCAUCUUUAAUCGCGAACGCGUUUUUUUCCACAUAUCCAAAAAGAACGGCGAAAACGCAUCCAACUUUACAGGAUUUUAAUUUUACAAAUUUUUUCAAACAUCUUCACAAUAAUGGACAAAAAGCAAAACUAAGAAGCAUAUUUAGUUAUUACGACUAUCUUGAUACUGAAAACGCGUUAGAUGGAAAACUAAUAAUUUCCAGACAGGUAAUGACAUCAAAACAGUGGUUAACUAUUGAAGAUUGGUUGGAGAGCAAUGUUCCUUUGUGUCCGCUGAUGAUACGUCACGAAGGUCGUCUAGACAGAGUGGAACCAGAAGCUAAAGUACUGAGAAUUUGUUUCACGAGUGCGAAAUUUGGAGGCGGUGUACUUGAUGGUGAUAUUACGCAAGAAACUGUACAUAUAGCAACGCAUCCCGAAAUGCUCGCGGCAAUUUUGUCGGUCGAGGCUUUAGAAGACAACGAAGUUUUAAUAGUCGAAGGAGUUAGGCAUAUAUCUAGAAUAAAUGAUCCUCGCAACAGAGCUGUAUUUGAAGUUUUACCAAAACCAAAUGUCGUAACAGUGUGCUGUAUUGAUCCUGAAAAUUACUCACGUUUACCUCUGUCACAAUUUGAAGAAGAUAACAUAUUACGAGAAAUGAACAAAUCUUUGCUUGGAUUUCGACAAAGACAUAUACCAAGCAGCCCGACUGACCCUGUAAAGUUAGAUUCAGAUAUAGAUGAAACAGUUGGUUCUCGCAGAUUAUCGCCAAUCGGUGAAAGUUUUAGUAGCACCCCUCCAGAAAUAGAAAGCGAUGAUAAGAUGUUGCCAAUAAAUAAUGAUACUAAAGAAGCAAAAUCUGUAUUACGUGAACAUAAAUACGAUGUUUUACCGGAAGUUCGUACUAAACCAAAUGGUAAAUCUACAAGACCACCUAGCCCUCAUAAGAUGUACAAUGAUACAAGUUAUACAAAUAGAAGAAAUCGGUUUAUCGUUCUUGGAUCUAGCGGAGAAAUUUUACCAGUUACGCGAAAGUCACUUGGUCAAAUGUCGGUUUAUAGUAGUUGUAAUAGUCAGAGUACAGACAGUUUUCACAGUGCAAAAGAUACUAUAGAUGAAGACCUGGAAGAAGAGGAACAGAAAGUAACUAAAUACUAUAAUACUCAAUUGGAUACCCCAGAAAGAAGAGGAACUUUCGCACAACGUUUAAGAGAUGCGUUAAAACGAGAAAAUACAGCUACUGGUGCUACUUCAUUGAAUACCUCAUUUGGAGAAAGUAGUUAUGCAGUAGGAAUAAGUGUAUCUGGAAGUCAUGUUUGUGAUCAAGAUAUUAGAGUAAAGAGAGGAGGUUCAAGAGGUUUUGUUCUACGGGAUGAAACAGUAGAUGAAGAUUUUUUGAAAGAAUCUUUGGAAGCUGAACAAAAAUGGCUAGGCAGAUUUCGUCAAAAUCAACCUAUAUUACAGAGGAGAGACACAAAUGCUAGCAGUAGGUACAGUUUCAGCACUGAAUACAAUUCUGAUUUUUGUUCGGAGCUUGAAGAAGUUUAUGAGCAACUAGCAAAAUGGUUAGAAGAUCCUAUAGCAGCAGACGAAUCUCGCGAAUUAGAUGCGAGAGACAGAGCAGUAGUACGAUUCGCAGGAUCAUUAUUGAAAAGAGCUCUUAGUGAAUCGUUUGCCGGUGUUCCAGUUCAAGAGGGGGAACCACAACCUUUCAUUGAUUCUACCGAUGUUAAUCAAAGCCACAAAUUAGCUUUGGCUGUGAGAAGUUUGAGUUUAGAGCUAGCCCGUCAGAAAAAUAGGAGACAACAAUCAGUGUCUGUAUCUGAAGGUUUAGAAUAUCAUGAAGAUACUUUAAGUAACAAUACUGUAUCAAAAGAAAUAAAGGAUAUUCAACGUAAAAAGCUUAGGACAGUAACGUUCACAUCUGAAGUUUUUCAAACAUUGGUUGAUGAUGAAACUACCGUAUAUCUAUCUAAUCCAGUUUCUUUAAAUAUAUCUGGCUCCGGGGUGAAAGGAAUAAAUCCAACACAAUCUUUCAAUAUCAGAAAUGACAAAAUUGCGCAACAAUUCGAAUCGCAUAUAACAUUUAAUAUACCAAGAGAUGGUAGUCCACAAACUGGUGGAUUAUUACCUAUUGCUACAGGUAAUUGGGGGUGUGGAUCCCGUUUAAAGGGAGAUCCUCAAUUGAAACUCGUUAUUCAAUGGCUUGCUGCUUCUUUGGCAGGAGUACCAAAACUAAUAUAUUAUACCACAGGAAAUCCUAGCUUAUCCAAGUUAGACACUGUGAGCAGAGUCCUCAUGGACAGACAUUGGUCUGUCGGUGAUUUAGCCGCGGCAACAUUAAGAUUUGCAUUACACAUUAUCGAACAAAGGACUGAAGGAAGAAAUACUCUUUUUGAAGAAAUAAUUGGUAUGGAUAAACCAAGUCCUUAGCCCGAUUCAAUGCUGUCUGUUCUGGUAGAUAUACUUGCUACUAUGAUCGAAGACAGCCUACUAAAUACUUAAAUAUAAUAUCAAAACAGUACAACAAAUAAGCGUGUCUUUUGCGAUUUGUGAAAGUAAAAUGUACUUUAGAAAUCACUUGUGGAGGAUUUCAUAAUGAGAA